CAGGUUGAAGGACUACUGUUGAAGGACUACUGCAUAUAAAACUGUUCACUUAAUACUAAUUCAUAUCAGUUGAUAUAAGGACAAAAAUAAUGUAAAUAUGGUAAGAAAAUGGUUAAGAGUUUAUUAUUUUUCAUGUUAUAUUAAUGGCUUUCAUGUUACUUAAGAGAACUGCAAUCUAUACAUCAGUGAUCGGCUAGUAAGCCUUUUCUGGGAUCGAUUAGUAGUGUCUCUAUUCUCCACUAGGGGGCUUUCGCGCGUUCUCCUCACUGCAAUAAACGCUGCAUGAGAGACGCAAGUCAAAAUCACUCUCGUGAUUCUUUUCCCCCUGUUUUCAGGGGUGUAACAUUUGGAGGCACCGCUGGGAUUGCUGCUUAGAUGUCCGGUGCCCACAAUCUGCACAUCGUAGUCCAAGCCAGCUAAAUCCCCCCCAUACAACCCAGGAAGACUGCAGUGAGGAAAGUGUUGCUGUCGAGGCGAGCUGGUAGCUGUGUUUUAGCGGAUGUUUCCUGAGGCCAGCCAGAGAUCAUCAGGGGCUGCAAAAACGACUCAGCUCGGCGUCACCUGUACAUGCAAAAUUCUUCCUGCCUACUGCCACAAUGUCUUCGGUGGAAGAGCUGCGAGAAGAGGUUGUGCGUGAAAUGCACACUCUGUCCAAAGAUCAACUAGUGUCAAUCUGUGAGUUCCUUGGCAUUGCAGAGAAAAUAGAUGUUAGCAGAAAAACACGACUGUCACUGCUAACACACAUCCAAAUACACAUUGAAAGAGAAGGUAUAACAGUACUUGAGGAUGAAGGAAUGUCAGAACUGUUGUUGCUUAAUGAUAAGAUUGCUGAAGUAAUGAAAGAGACAAUUGUUGAGACUGAACCAAAUGCAAAUGAAGGGGAUUAUUCAGGGCACAGAGAUCAACUAAACACUGCAACCUCACUGGUAACAGAGACAGCUAAUGCAGUUAACACAGUGGUUAGUUCUCACUCCCAAGCUAAUCGCUCUGUCCCUAACUCAUCUGUGUCAAGUGUCCCCCAACGACCAAGCCCUUACUGGCAGAGAGACUUCAAAAUAUCAGGUCAGAUUGGCGAACCAGGUCAAAAAGACAAACUGACAUUUUCCAGUCUUGCUCACCAGAUCGAAAAUGGACUGAGCAGAGGCUACUCAGAGCUUGACAUUGUAGAUGCUGUCAUCAGAGCUAUCUUGCCAGGUCUACAACUACGUAGCUAUUUGGAAGGAAAAGCUCAACUCACCCUUCCGACUCUACGCCGCAUCCUGCGCUCCCAUUUCCAGGAGAAGAGCGCCACCGAACUCUAUAAACAACUUGCCUCUGAGGUACAGACCCCGAAAGAGACUGCUCAAAGCUUCCUGAUGAGAGUUUUAGAUCUAAAGCAGAAAGUCCUAUUUGCUUCCCAAGAAUCAGAGUCAGGACUCAAAUACGACCCAGCUUUAGUCCAGCGUAUGUGUUUACACACCAUACUCACAGGCUUCCAGAGUGACAGUGUCAGGAUAGAUAUGCAGCCACUCCUGUUAGACUCUAAGACACCUGAUGAACUGCUGUUAGAGAGGUUAAAUAUGGCUUGUGCCAAUGAGGCAGAAAGGAAAAACAAGAAAAGAUGUCUAGCAUCACAGACUGCUACAAGUGUGAGUGCAGUGCAGUCAGAUGAUGUGUCGCCUGCUAAGAACCCUGUGAAAGAAGUUAAAGCUAAGAUACCACCCGAGCUUUUAACUGAGUUAGCGGAGCUUAAGACAGGUGUAGCCUGCCUAAAAGGUCUCAGUGCAGAGAUAGCGCAGAUUAAAGAGACUCUACAGCAGCCGGUGCCGGGUCCUCAGUCAUAUGUCCCACCACCAGUUGUGCAGUAUGAUAGGGACCAGCAGCAACAACAGUAUUAUGGCUUCCAGGGCCCCCGCCAAAGACCACCACCCCCUCAGUAUCCUGUACAGCACUACACAGGUAGUCCAGCCCGCCGUGAGAGGAGGUGCCACAUUUGCCAGCAGAAUGGAGUCAACGAGCGCUGCACACACUGCUACCUCUGUGGGAGUAGAGAACACUUUCAGGCUGGAUGUAGAAGCAGAGGUAUGAGACCAUAUAAAGAGAAACAUUUAAACCAGCAAUGGUUACCACCGAGGGACGAGUGUUAACCAUGCCCAUCAUCCACAAGUCCCAACAUUGCUCCAACUGUAAACAAGAAAAGUCAGGCAUGAGACGGUGUUCAGUAUGUGAAAAUGCACUUUAUUGUUCAAAAGCAUGCCAGAAACAACACUGGAGACAACAUAAGAGACAAUGCACUGGCUUAAAGACUAACAAAGACAAUGAGACUGUUCAGGUACCACUGCCGCCAGCUCAUGUAGACACCCCUCACAAAGUCACAUCUCUGGUGGGCAGGCAAUGUCUGGUUGAGUGUCUCCUGGACGGCCAGAGGCUUCAAGCUCUAUGGGAUUCAGGCUCACAGGUGUCGAUCAUCGAUGAGAAAUGGAAAAACGACUAUUUGCCACACACAGAGCUGAGAGAUGUAGCAGAUAUUAUGGACACAUCUGAACUCACCCUGACC